ACCCAGGUUUUAUUUUGGGCCCGGGCGGGGUGGCUGAGAGGAGGAAGCGGUGCGAUUUAUGGACAGGCAAAGCCAAUCGGACAUCCUGGGGAAGCAGCAGCAGCUGGAAGUUGGGCUCAGUUUGCUCCAAGGUAAUUGAAUGUACUGAAGGUUAUGUUGGUUCGUGAAAGCUGCGGCUGCCAUGGAGGCCAAUGAAUAAGAACGGGGAUACAGUGCGGCAAUCAGGGAGUGCAUGGGGAAUAUUGAAACAGUACAUAAAAAGCCUCCAAUGCUUGCCAGUGUGAGCAGUGGAAACGAGACAACUACCAUGGUAACACUAAUCACAGAAAAGCUGCAGAACCAAAGCCUGCAGGAUAUGACGUGCAAAGCCUACAGCAUUAAUCUGCACUCAUCUGAGAAACUGAACGAAAGUGGCAGCUUGUUUCCAUAUGAAAUUGUUGAAGAAAGUCCAUGGGCACUCGUUAAUAGGACUUGUCCGAUUAAGGCUGAAACAAACCGCAAUGUGGCUUUUCCUUUUUCAACGUGCUUAGCUGACCACGUUGGUUUACAAUGGCAGAUCGACAUGAAUAAAAACUCUGUCUCCGGCUGGAUCAGUGAGCUGAAUCUCAAUGAGAACUCGAGCGUUCCCUUGGCCCCUCCCACAAAACGGCAUUGCAGGUCUCUUUCAGAGCCUGAUGAAUUGUCCCGGUGCCGGUCCCCAUGGAAACCCUGCAGUUCGAAGAUCUGGACUCCUGUGUCGAAACGGCGGUGUAACAGUGGUGGCAGCGCAACUUUACAGCGCUGCAACAGUCAUGGAAGUGCCACAUUGCAACGAAGCACAAGCAUCAACAUGCUUCAGCAUACCAGUAAACACACGUUAUCCCUUAACAACAGUAUAUUUAAUAUCACCAGCUUCAAUACUUCGCCAGUACCAAGACCCUCAUCAGCCAGCAGCGGUUUUGUAGACAGUAGCGAGGGAAGCACAUCAAGUAUUCGUUGGAACUCUACCGGACCCUUUGAUUUUAACCCAAGGCGGCGGUUGUCACUUUCGCAGGAACACAUUACGGAAACAGCGAAUCUCUUGCCUUCAGCGAGCAGCUCACCUACUUCCACACCGGAGCUGAGCCGCCGGCAGGGAUUGCUGCGAUGCCGCUCGCAGCCUUGCGUGCUGAAUGAAAGGAAGUGUGGGCUAAAACGCAGGCGGGAGGAAGAUGUCAGGUGGACACGGCCCUCUUUAGAUUUCCUGAAGAUGACCAGAACAUUAAAGAGCUCAAAAAGCCUUUGCUCUCUCGACUAUGAAGAAGAUGACGAUGACGAAGAUGAUCACCAUAUGAAGACUAUUGUCUCUUCACCAUGUGACUCAAAUGACCUUUUAAUGAAUAUCAUCACUCCAGGCACCAGCCCUAUGAAAGAACAUGACUCUGUAAGGUAUCAUGUCCCAGGGAGCAGAGAUGGUUGCCACCCGAGAAAUUUUGGGAAAGAAGUCCCUGUGAGUGAAAGUGAAGAAGAUACAAGUGAUUGUGAAAGCACCGAAGAAGGAAUAUUUCCACUAGACUAUGGCGAUCUGGAUCUAGAACAAAUAGAAAAUAACUAAAUGCUGCAACAAAGUCCUAGAUCAGACUGGUUGUUUUUAUACUUUUUGUUGUAGUAGAGGAUUACUUUGCAUAACUUGUGUCCAUUUAAAGAAAUCCUAUUGGUUAUUCUGGGCUGCCUGAAAGUUUUUUUUGUACAAAGCAUCAGUAGUCCCUUUCAUGUGCACAGGAGAUGGUAGUGUAUUCAGUAACUUUAUCUGAAAUGCACAAGGUUGCCAGUUGUGAAGGGUUUUAGAAAUCUUUUUGAAGAAGCAAUUUUCUAUAAAUCCUUCUGCUUUGAUAUUUUGCAGUCUGUAGUUUUUGAAAUGAUGGGAAAAGCUGACCUCUACAAUUAUUUUUUAAAAGGGCAUUCUACAUUAAAUUACACAAGUUUCACCAUAGUGCUGGCUUUUUUUAAGGGAAAGAAGUCAGUGUUCCAAUAAAACAAACAGGUGUUUUCUUUUUUUAAGAGAGAAGAAAUGGCUUAGAUCAACCUGAAAUGGCCAAAUAGACACAAUGGACAUCUCUUAUAACGUUGCAGGAAUGUAAUAGGCAUCUGAGCUUUGGAAAGAGAUUGUGAAUGCUGUUGUGAUCAAUUUCCCAGGAGUCAGAACUCUCAGCAAUACUAGAAGGAAGACUUAUGGUCUUUAAAAUAAAAUAAAAUGGAUUUUUGCUUUG